AAAAUACCAAAUAUCAACACUCCACCAUUCAUUAUCGCCCUUCUGCAUUUACGUCCGAAACCCUAGCCGCGCACCAGCUGCGAUUCGUAUUAUCCUCCUCCGGCGAAGAAAGUACUUCAGGCUAUCAUGGCGGAUGUCGACACAGAGGUCGCGGCGGCGCAGCCGAAGAAGAGAACGUUCAAGAAAUUCUCCUUCAGAGGCGUCGAUCUCGAUGCGCUCCUUGAUAUGUCCACGGAUGAGCUCGUCAAGCUCUUCAAUGCCCGUGCUAGAAGAAGGUUCCAGAGAGGUUUGAAGAGGAAGCCGAUGGCUCUGAUCAAGAAGCUGCGUAAGGCGAAACGCGAGGCUCCACCUGGUGAGAAGCCUGCACUGGUCAGGACUCAUCUGCGCAACAUGAUCAUCGUCCCUGAGAUGAUCGGAAGCGUCCUCGGCGUGUACAAUGGCAAAACUUUCAACCCGGUUGAAAUCAAGCCUGAAAUGAUCGGUCACUACCUCGCGGAGUUCUCAAUCUCUUACAAACCUGUCAAGCAUGGAAGGCCGGGUAUCGGUGCCACCCACUCCUCGAGGUUUAUUCCUCUGAAAUGAGAAAAGUGCCGUCGAACACCGGGUAAGACAUGGGUUCAUUUUCGCGAGUUUUGUUCUGUCUGGUUUAUUGUUUCCUUCUGUUCUUAGCUACUACCGAAUUGUUUGGUGCAAACUUUUCUGAAUAUUUUCGAAACCUUAAUACUCUGAGUUUCUUUUGAACUUUUGUUAUGUCAUUUGUUGUGUUAGUUUGGAUAGCCAACAUUGUUCUACUUAUUAUUAUAUGUUAAACUGCACUUUAUUUA